GAAAUUUCGCAUAUUCAACUUUUAUAUCCUCAUUUGAAAAAUCAUGGGUGAGUCCCGUCGUACGUCUCGUACGCCCCGUACGCCACGUGCCCCUGAAGGCUCCCGCCUUCCUCGUGCCCCUAGUCCCCCCAUUCCUCGUGCCCCUAGUCCCUCGAGAUCCAGUCAAUAUGACCAGAACACGAUAACAGUCACUGAGUAUCCCAGUGAUAGUGAGGGGCAGGGGGAUGUGAGGUCUUACGAUUCCAAAAACAAGAAGGCUUCGAAAAGUAGGGAUUCGAAGAGUAGGCCUUCGUCAAGUAAACAUUCGUCGAGUAGGGAUUCGAAGAAAGCACCUUCGACUGCUUAUGAGACGGAAUCAAAUUCAACGAUUAGACCGGAGAGGGAAAAGAAGAAGUAUUAUGAUAAUGGACCAUCUUUGCCUACGGUUGAUGAACAGACGACGGGUAGACAAUCGACAAUACCAAUCCGCACCUCUCGACCAAGUGAUGAGCCAACUAGAACAUCAACUAAACCAAAAACUAAAAAAUCACGCAGCCAUACACCCACUCAACACACCUCUACUUCAAGACCCACCGAACCCUUAGACACCGAUCUCGUAUUGCCAGAAGACAGCAUUAGUUGUAUAGGAGGAAGAAAGACCGAAGCACAGAUUGAUCGAGAGAUCCGAAAAAUAAAAGAAGCUCAAUCCAAAAUGCGCCGUCACCAUCGCACUCCUUCCUCUGCCUCUCGAAACGAAUCUGAUCAUAAUUCUGCUUCUUAUCCGAAGGUCCGGCCACACCGUUCGUCAAGGGACAGUAGAAUAUACGAUGAACCGGACCAAUCCUACGCGGGCAAAGAAUUUUCCGAAUUCGACACUGAUGAUAGAGGUAAUAUGUGGGAACAAGACAUGGCUGAUGGAGCACGACCACCUCGAGAAUACAGUUACGAAUCAGAUUCGUAUGAGUCUCGCGACAAACGUGAACGUCGUCGUCGAAAGGGGCGUGCAAGAGAGGCAAUUGACGCAGAGAAAGAUAGAAUACUAAAUAGGCCUCGAGCUAUGCCUCGAGCUAUGCCUCCAACUAUGCCUCCAACUAUGUAUCCAAAUAUGCAUCCAAAUAUGCAUCCAACUAUGCCUCCAACUAUGCAUCCAAAUAUGCAUGCAACGCAGUAUCAAACCAGGCCUCCAGGAGAACACCUAGAUUUCAACCCUAGGGUACGCACUGGAUAUGGAGUUUACCAAUCGAGUAGCGUACGCCAAGGGGUCAGGGUGGAGAGUCAUCAAAGUCAUCAAAGUCAUCAUAGUUCUCGCCAUCGUUCUCGUCAUCGUUAUGAUGACGAUGACUAUGACUAGGCUUCGGCUUCGGCUUCGGCUUUGGCUUCGGAUGAUCUGUACGAUGAUAGGGAUGGAUACGAACUAUCCGGGGACGCGGUAUGCAGACCGGACGUAUCGUUGGCUUUCUACCGAUUAGGGAUUAUACACAACCAACCAACCAGCCAACCAGUCAGUCAGUCAGUCCGUACAUGCAUCGCAUCUCGCCGCAUCUCGCCGCAUUGAAAGAUGUGCAAUUCCGGUUUGUAGUUUGCA